AUGUCAGUUCGACAUUACUUAUCAACCUUGUUGAUAGGGCAGUUUCGGCAUUCUUAUACACCGCGUACUCGAAAACUUUAUUUGAAAAUGGAGCCUAAAGUGAAUUUGAAACAAGACCCGGCUUAUAAAAAACUACAAGAAUUCUACGAUGUGAAUGGUGGAAAAAUUAAUAUUCCACAACUAUUUCAACAAGAUCCGGAGAGGUUUAAUAAGUUCAGUUUACGCAUCCCCACACCAAAUGAUGGUGACAUCCUUCUGGAUUACUCUAAGAACAGGGUAGAUGCUGCUGCCUUGUCAUUACUGUUGGAGCUGGCCAAGAGUCGUGGAGUGGAACAGGCUCGAGAUGCAAUGUUUUCUGGUCAAAAGAUCAACUUCACUGAGGAUCGUGCAGUACUACACAUAGCACUUCGUAAUAGAAAGAAUAGACCUAUCUUAGUCAACGGCAAGGAUGUUACUCCUGAUGUCAAUGCUGUACUCGCUCAUAUGAAGGAAUUUUCAGAACAAGUUAUCAGUGGCAAGUGGAAGGGGUACACAGGCAAAGCAAUAACAGAUGUUAUCAACAUCGGUAUCGGGGGCUCAGAUCUCGGACCACUCAUGGUCACCGAGGCGCUCAAACCCUACGCUAAUCAUCUAAAGGUACAUUUCGUAUCCAACAUCGACGGAACCCAUCUAGCUGAAGUCCUGAAGAAAUUGAACCCUGAGACAGCUCUCUUCAUCAUAGCGUCCAAAACAUUUACAACGCAAGAGACUAUCACCAACGCAACUUCAGCCAAGAACUGGUUCUUGGAUGUCGCUAAAGACCCGUCCUCAGUAUCAAAGCACUUCGUAGCGCUGUCUACAAACGGGGAAAAGGUUUCCGCAUUCGGUAUCGACCCCAAGAACAUGUUUGGUUUCUGGGACUGGGUGGGAGGCAGAUACUCGCUCUGGUCUGCUAUCGGUCUAUCCAUCUCUCUGUACGUCGGCUUUGAGAACUUCGAGAAGCUUCUAGAAGGAGCUAGCUUCAUGGAUAAUCACUUUACAACGGCACCGUUGGAGAAAAAUGCGCCAGUUAUCUUAGCGCUGUUAGGAGUGUGGUACAGCAACUUCUACGGAGCGGAGACGCACGCCCUCCUCCCCUACGACCAGUACUUGCACAGAUUCGCAGCGUACUUCCAACAAGGCGACAUGGAGAGCAACGGUAAAUACGUCACACGUGGGGGGGAUGAGGUGCAGUACAGCACGGGCCCCAUCGUGUGGGGGGAGCCGGGGACCAACGGGCAACACGCCUUCUACCAGCUGAUACACCAGGGGACCAGAUUGAUUCCCUGUGACUUCGUCGCACCAGCACAGACCCACAACCCCAUAUCCGGAGGCGUACACCAUAAGAUCCUACUCGCCAACUUCCUGGCACAGACCGAGGCUCUCAUGAAAGGCAAAACUGCAGAAGAAGCCAAAGCAGAGUUAGAAAAGUCUGGUAUGACACCAGAAGCGAUCGCUAAGAUCCUGCCCCACAAGGUGUUCAAGGGCAACCGACCGACCAACUCUAUCGUUGUCAAGAAAGUAACGCCGUUCACUCUUGGGGCACUUAUCGCUAUGUACGAGCACAAGAUCUUCACCCAGGGUGUGAUCUGGGACAUCAACUCAUUCGAUCAGUGGGGAGUUGAGCUCGGCAAGCAACUCGCUAAGGCCAUAGAGCCGGAACUACAAGACUCCAAGCCCGUGGCCUCUCACGAUGCCUCCACGAACGGUCUCAUCAAUUUCUUGAAACAAAAUUUUGCUUAGAAUAAUUUUUAUUUAAUUAAUUUCUAACUCUGAAUUUUGACUAAUAAAAAGCAAUAAUUUUUGGAUUUUAUUAGAACUUUUUUAAAUGCUUAUUUAUAUAACUUAUUCGAAAAAAAAAAGUAAUUUGUAGAGAAUACGUUUAGUAUUGUACAUUUAAUAUAUGUCCUGUACAAUAAAAUGUAAUUAUGAGAAUAAAAUUUAUAAAAGAAAAUGCACGAAAUCACACCACUAUAUAAAUGGUACAAUUAUUAUUGAUGCGAUGUUAAAAAUAAUAUAUAUUUUAUAUUAUAUAUGUACUGGUUUUUGUGAAUGCGAUCUGUUUAGUAUUGAUCUAUAUUGUCUAUUACUUGUAUUUAAUACUUAAGUAUGUAACAUUUAUUUAUAUAUGUUUAUGAAUAGACUGUGCAAUGUAAAAUAAAUUAAUAUAAAAUU